UACCGGUCGACGGGGUCUCUGUUUAAAUCCGGUUGCAGCUGUCAGCGACUCUCCAGCAGCACAGAAAGAGAUGACAAACCCGGGACCCUUCUGCGUUCAUAACAUGGCGUUUCUACUUUUAUGCGGGAUCAUUGCGGUGUUUGUUGCGGCCGAGGCUUCUUCUGAGAAGACCAAGACAGUGGAGUUCAAUGUGAAACCCGGAGGAGUAGUUCACAGUUUCACGGAGGGAGUUAGGGAUUAUGAGUGCACCUUCACCUACGCGUCACAAGGGGGAACCAAUGAGCAAUGGCUGAUGAGUGUUGGCCUGAGUGACGACGACUCGCUCUUUUCCUGCUCCGUGUGGAGGCCUCAGGGGAAGUCGUACCUGUUUUUCACUCAGUUCAAGGCUGAGCUCAAAGGAACCAGAAUUGAAUAUGCCAAUGCAUACUCACAGAUAGCAGCAGGAGGACAGAGCGACGUGCCUCUGAAGCCGGAGGAGUUUACCGUCGCAGAAUCAACAGUGACCCACAAGGAAGGAAGGUUCAAUGCCCAGCUCUCCAAACUGACCGCCGUUGGACGGACACAACGCGACGAGCUGUGACGGCUCACAAGUCAGGCACUGCCUCCACCAAUCACAGCCCUUUGCUGGACUCUGGGAGGAGGAGCCAAUGAAAGCGAGACCACCGAAGGCCGAGGCUGGACGCCGUUUGGUCUGGAAAAUAUCUUUACAAACAAAGAGGGAAAAAGUCCAAUGAAUGAAUUUCUGUUUUGAUCAAAUGUUGUUUCUGAGGCUUUUGGAAUGAUUUUUGGUGGGUUUAGAGGAAAUGUGCAUGACUGUAAACUGUGGAGGAUCGGCGUCUCGGGGAUAAAGACAGCGGAUCACGUUUAGACAGAUUUGUCCAUCUCCUGUAAUCCUCGGCAUCGUAAUGCAAACACGAACGGGAUUCCUCAAAGAAAGACGGAAGAGAAGGACCCGUUCACUCUGCUCCACGGCUAUCUUCUGGAGGACCGUCUCAUUUCUUUUGUUUUUUUGCUACAUGUUACCGUGGAUGUGGGGUCAACACUGAGCCUUUCAGUCUCUUUGUAGGUUUGAAUUUACGACGCUCCACAUUUUUGGGUCAGACUUGCGUUUUAGUUGGUUUUCCUCGCUCCGGUCUAGUUUCAUGAACCUAAAUCCUGGAGUACAGAGCAGAGAUGAUGAUGCAAGAGGCCAUACAUCAGAUAUUCCCGAGGUUCUCCGCUGCUUUCAUCUUUUAUUGCCACAGAGGGGGAUCAGUGAAAACACCCAGCAGGUUUCUGAACUUCUUCAUCCCUCGUCUCCCGCCGGCUCCGGCAUGUGGAGAUCACGGCUGCUUCAUCUAUCAACACCCCCGUCCAGGGAUUCAAUUCAGAUUGGAGGAGUUUGCUGAUGCGACCCCGCGGUGCCGUUAUUCAGGUGUUGGGUCUGAGCGUGGCGUCUCUCAUCUGUCACAGCUUUGUCCGACCAAAUGGAACGGAUCCAGAUCCCGACUCAACGUGGAGAAAACGCCCACGAUGUCACUCAUUCUGAGCUCUUCUUCCUCCACCUGCUGGCCUUCCCAUUCCUGAUGAAAUGCGAGGGCUGUUCCAAUAAAGAUGUGUUGUCACGUA